GCAGUCAAGCGUUCGACCGUUCAACAAUUCUCCGCGCAUUCUUAGCGUGAAAGAGGCAAUUACAUUUGCAUGCGAUGCAAUGUCAGUAACACCUGGUACAAUAAGGGUAAGAACCUACACACAAUGAGUAAGGAAUGUACGUCCAAUUAAUUUGGCAUAAUGCCCCACGUAUGCUGUAGGGUGCGGCUAGUGGGAAAACCUCCACAGAUUUGGAAGAAAAACCGCAGUUGGAUGAGGAGCGGGAAGGAUUCGAGGAAGGACGUUACAAUCUAUAGUUUUAUCCCUUUUUUCGUGGCUGCCAUUUUCCUCCUUGAUCUUAGAAGAAAAUGGCGGCUCUCUUCCACGUACUCAUUGCUCUUCAGUGCUCUAUCUCCAUCGUUUUAAGUAAGCCUGUUGACUUAACUGAAAGUUGGAAAGGCUCACCCAAGAAACAAUCGAUUUGGAGAGAUCAACCGAUGGACAUCGGCAAUGAGAUCGACCUUGGCAAGAGAAAUGCAUUCGGAAAUUGCAUGCCACCGGGAUCCGAUGUCCCUGGGUUUCGCUGUGCAACGAGUCAGGAGUGUAUCCCUCUGGGUGAGGUCUGCGAUGGCGUCAAUGAUUGCGACUUCGAUGCCUACGACGAGACGGACGAUGCGUGUAUGGUAGUCCAAUGCGAAGGAUUCCUCUGUGCCGAUAGGUCGUGUCUCCUCGCCGAGUUCGUGUGCGAUGGGUCUCCUGAUUGCAAUGAUGGCAUGGAUGAAGAAGAUUGUAGCAUGAACCAGUGCAGCGCUGAUCGCUUCCAAUGCCGGAGUGGACGGUGCAUCCCAACCUUCUGGCGGUGUGAUAUGCUUGAGGACUGUCAGGAAGGGGAGGACGAGUCGGGAUGCGAUGAAAAUGUUUGUCCGGGGGACGAAUUUCGCUGUGACACCGGCUCGUGUGUCAUCCGCCUUUGGGUUUGUGACGGUCAGAGUGAUUGUCCCCAUGGCGAAGAUGAGACUGUUGGUUGUAACGUGAUUGUGGAUUGUGAUGACGACCAGUUUCAGUGUGGAGACAAUUCGUGUAUACCGAAAACUUGGGUCUGUGAUGGAGUAGACAACUGUCCUUCAGGCGAUGAUGAAGACCAAGAUUGUUGCAAAAAGAAAGAAUUCCGCUGCCAUACCGGGCAAUGUAUCCCUGAAGAGUGGCGCUGUGACGGACGUAUUCGGGACUGUCCUUCGGGGGAGGACGAGGAGGACUGUGGAUGCGGGCCGAACGAAUUCCAGUGCGACAGUGGGACGUGCAUUCUGGAUACCAAGUUCUGUGACAAUGUGAUUGACUGUGAUGAUGGCGGGUCCGAUGAAUCAAGAUGUCCAAUCAUUGACCCUAUACCUGUAUGCAAAGCAGCAGGGACGGUCAAGUGUAUGUAUGGACAGGUGUGUGCUGUAGUAUGCAAUGGCAUCAGAGAGUGUCCAGUGAAUGGUGAAGACGAAGUUGGUUGUCCAGUGACGAACUGUCAGCCAUCAGAGUUUGAAUGCAAAGACGGUCAGUGUAUACCGAGUUCGGAUAAAUGUGACGGUUACCCGCAUUGUUCAGGUGGGGAAGACGAGAUCGGAUGUUCUCUGACUAACUGUUUGGCAUCGGAAUUUGAAUGCCGAGACGGUCAGUGUUUACCGGCUUCGGAUAAAUGUGACGGAUACCCGCAUUGCUCCGAAGGGGAAGACGAGAUUGAAUGUUCUCUGACUAACUGCUUGGCAUCGGAAUUUGAAUGCCGAGACGGUCAGUGUUUACCGGCUUCGGAUAAAUGUGACGGAUACCCGCAUUGCUCCGAAGGGGAAGACGAGAUUGAAUGUUCUCUGACUAACUGUUUGGCAUCGGAAUUUGAAUGCCGAGACGGUCAGUGUUUACCGGCUUCGGAUAAAUGUGACGGAUACCCCCAUUGUUCCCAAGGGGAAGAUGAAAGCGAUUGCUCGCUACCAAUUGUACCAACUGAAUCUCCUUAUCCUGUAACGAGCCCACUCUCUAUCGUAUGUGGACUGCCAUUGUUUUUUGAGUGUCCGGAUGGUACCUGCAUAUCACGUGACCUCCUAUGUAACGGAAAGCCCGACUGUCCAUAUAGCGAUGCAGAUGAGCAACCUGGUAAUUGUCAGAUCGUUUCUACAUGUGAUCUUGAUGAGUUUGAGUGUGACGAUGGGACUUGUAUAUAUUCAGCGCUUGUCUGCAAUGACCGAGCUGAUUGUUCCGAUGAGUCAGAUGAAGCAGUAGAACGAUGCGGAUUCAAUCUAUGUAAUUCUGAAGAUGGUUUCAGAUGUCGAGACGGAUCUUGUAUACCUCUGUACCAAGUGUGUAAUGACGUCAUCGAUUGUCCUGAUGGAGGGGAUGAGGAUGACUGUGCUGCAAUAUAUACUAGACCAGGCGUGUGUCCCGUACAUCCCAACAUCGCAUACGGAGGAAACAAUAUCUGCGUCGACAACUGUUUUCAAGAUACAGACUGCCCAGAACCAAUGAAAUGUUGUCCGGCGCCCUCUGCGUGCGGCCUAACAUGUAACAACGUCUUCCUUCCUUCUAACCCGUUGACAGGUUUGGCAGAGCUGGCAAAUUUUGUUGAGACUCUUCGUGAUGGCCUAGAUAUUAUCAAUAAUGAAGUUGCAAUCCUGACAGACGACGUGGAUGAUAUAGAAACGCGACUGGAAAGCCUUGAGACAGAUACGCGUCUACUUAGACAGGAUGUGGAUAUCCUCAAGCAACAGGCAACAGCGGGUGACAGACCACAAGUACCAAUUUAUCCUGCACCAUAUGAAUCGGAGCCUACCACACCGAAAGUGGUCGAAAGCUAUGUCAAACCUUACCAGCCGCAAGAUGUUCAGCCUUACAAACCAGACGACGUGCAACCGUAUGAACCAGUAACCAAACGACCUAACGAACCGGAAGAACCUUACGGGUCUUAUAAACCAGAAGAACCGCAAUAUGUUCAACCUUCUGAACCACAAGAUGUCAGACCUUACACACCAGACAACGUUAUAACCUAUGAGCAAGAAACACCAUUGUCUUAUAAACCACAAGACGAACCAGAAACCGUCCGACCUUACAUCCCACCACAAGACAAACCAUACGAGCCAGAAACCGUUCGUCCUUAUGAACCAGAAGAUAUCCAACCCUAUGAAACAGAAACUGCCCAACCUUACGAACCGCCACAAGAUGAGCAACCUUACAAACCACCUCAAGAUGUUAGACCUUACGAACCACCACAAGAUGUUAGACCUUACGAACCACCACAAGAUGCUAGACCAUACGAGCCACCACAAGAUGAAAGACCAUAUGAACCGCCUCAGGAUACUAGACCAUACGAACCGCCACAGGAUACAAGUCCUUACGAACCACCUCAGGAUACUAGGCCUUACGAACCACCUCAAGAUGUUAGACCUUACGAACCACCUCAAGAUGUUAGACCUUACAAACCACCUCAGGCUGUUAGACCCUACGAACCUCCACAAGAUGUUAAACCUUACGAACCACCACAAGAUGUAAGACCAUAUGAACCGCCUCAGGAUACUAGACCAUACGAACCGCCACAGGAUACAAGUCCUUACGAACCACCUCAGGAUACAAGGCCUUACGAACCGUCACAAGAUACUAGACCAUACAAGCCACCUCAAGAUGUAAGACCUUACGAACCAUCACAAGAUAUUAGACCUUACGAACCGCCACAGGAUACAAGACCAUACGAACCACCUCAGGAUACUAGGCCUUACGAACCACCUCAGGAUACUAGACCAUACGAGCCUCCACAUAAUACAAGACCUUACGAAUCGCCGCAAGAUGUUAGACCUUACGAACCACCUCAAGAUGUUAGACCUUACGAACCACCUCAAGAUGUUAGGCCUUACGAACCACCACAAGAUGUUAGACCUUACGAACCACCUCAGGAUACAAGACCUUACGAACCACCACAAGAUACUAGACCAUACGAGCCACCACAAGAUGUAAGACCAUAUGAACCGCCUCAGGAUACUAGACCAUACGAGCCGCCACAGGAUACAAGACCUUACGAACCACCUCAGGAUACAAGACCAUACGAACCUCCACAGGAUACAAGACCUUACGAGCCGCCGCAAGAUAAUAGACCUUACCAACCACCUCAAGAUGUUAGACCUUACCAACCACCUCAAGAUGUUAGACCUUACCAACCACCUCAGGAUACUAGACCAUACGAACCGCCACAGGAUACAAGACCUUACGAACCACCUCAGGAUACAAGACCAUACGAACCUCCACAGGAUACAAGACCUUACGAACCGCCGCAAGAUGUUAGACCUUACGAACCACCUCAAGAUGUUAGACCUUACGAACCACCUCAGGAUACAAGACCUUACGAACCACCACAAGAUACUAGACCAUACGAGCCACCACAAGAUGUAAGACCAUAUGAACCGCCUCAGGAUACUAGACCAUACGAGCCGCCACAGGAUACAAGACCUUACGAACCACCUCAGGAUACAAGACCAUACGAACCUCCACAGGAUACAAGACCUUACGAGCCGCCGCAAGAUAAUAGACCUUACGAACCACCUCAAGAUGUUAGACCUUACCAACCACCUCAAGAUGUUAGACCUUACCAACCACCUCAGGAUACUAGACCAUACGAACCGCCACAGGAUACAAGACCUUACGAACCACCUCAGGAUACAAGACCUUACGAACCACCUCAGGAUACAAGACCUUACGAACCGCCACAGGAUACAAGACCUUACGAACCGCCACAGGAUACUAGACCAUACGAGCCACCUCAAGAUGUAAGACCUUACGAACCAUCACAAGAUAUUAGACCUUACGAACGACCACAAGAUACUAGGCCUUACGUACCGCCGCAAGAUGCUAGACCUUACGAACCGCCGCAAGAUGCUGGACCUUAUGAAACACAGAAUUCCAGACCCUACAAACCGCAAGAUGUUAGACCUUGAGUACUUAACGAUGUGACAUCCUAUGGACGGGGUAGUUGUUAAGACCUAACUUGCCAUUAAAAAUACAGGGCUGUAAUAUUUGUUAGUAUUGUAAAUCGAAUGAUGUCAUUGGUGAAGGAACUUAGAUUAUAGUAGUAAUAACUAGAUACCUUUCUUAGAGGAAGAGACAUCUAUGUUGAGGAUGGUUGAUACAUUUCAAAAUCUACCUGUGAAAUCAAAUUUCAUGAAUAUCUCAUUAGGUAUUUAAAAUCUGUAAAUACCAAUGCAAAGCAUUGCUUUUAAUUAUCAUUAAUGGUUCCCAUAAUUUUCUUUUUUUUUCCAUUAAUGUUCGUGACACCUUGUGAAACCAGAUAGUUCUGAUGAUAAUAACGUACUCGGCAGCCCAGACAUCUUGAACUAGAGUGCAAGAUUUUAUUUUCUGGAAUGAAUUCAAAGAAUCUUCAAUAUGUUAUAUCUGUACAUCAUUACAAACAGUCGUUCUGUUUUGUGUUACUUGCAAUUUAUGUUUGAGUUUAUGUAUUAUUUUUAUGACAGUAUACCAUAUAUACUAUUUUAGCAAUCAAUUUAUUUUGCGCGUUGUUGAAUGUAGAUUAAAACCGAAAUUUGAUUUCGCUAUACAAUUUUGUUGAUUGUUUUGCUUGCAGUUGAGAAUGUCCUUUGGAAGGUGACAUAAAAAGUAAUUCAAAGAUCACGUUUAUCUUUACAAAGUUUGAUCUGAAUAAUAAGAGAAAAUCAAUAAAGCACAACAUUGAUAAUUUCGUAUAUGAAAUAACAUAUUC